AUGGCCAUAAACCUCCCUGUGGAGUGGCGGGACGUUAGUAAGGUGACACAUACUACAUUGAGCUCGGGUGAAGGCGGGGGCGAGAUGUCUGCAAGUUCACGAAAUGAAGACAUGGAGCUUGUCAUUGUGUCACUACGACUGAGAUCGGGUCGAUCCCCAGUAAUGGGUGUGGGGGCGAAUGACUGUAUGGCGGAGAGGAUUGAUGCAGGUCACCCUCAACCUCGCUGUGCCAAGCUGAGGAGAUGCACGUCGAUCAACAGGCGCCGUAGGGAUUCAAUGAUGGGCCAUGUUCCUGUCCACGACAGUUUGCGCAUUUGUGGCGACUUCUUGUUACGGAUCGGCAGACAACUUGGAUAUCCAAAAGCACUUGGUCGCGGUCAGAGCACACUCGUUGACUGUGAAGUUGCCGGCGAGAGGGAUACCCUGCGCAACGUCAGUGGAGACAACGAGCAGAAUGUUGAUAGCGACAAGCAUGAUUUCGGUGAAGAAAAUCAAGACAGGACUUUCGACUGA